GGAAGGAGAGGUUGUGUCAGGUGGAAACGGGGACCUCUAUGGAUAUCAUCAUCACCCUCCACCGGCUCGCAUCCUCAGCACCGACAGCAUCUCCUGGCCGGCGGUCACCGCUGCAGGCACACGGCGCCCUUUUUAUGCGCCAAGGCGUUGCAUUUCCACGGUAGAGGCUCCCCGGACUGCCUCUGUAAUUACCCUGACAAACAGCUUCUUCCUGUUAUAGGGACUAAUCGAGGGAAGACCCUGCUGGAAUAAAAGCGGAGCGUCAGUUUCCUCCAUUGAUAAACCGCUCUCCUCAUCGAUUCAGCCCAACGACGUCUUGGUAUAAGAGGAGGACAAAAUCAAUCCCAAAAACGGACACUGAAGCUGAAGGGUGUCGGGCGCGAUGGCUAAUGCCUCCCCAGACCUGGACAACGCGGAAGCCCAGCGCCAGCUCAACAACAAUAAUCGACCAAGCAGCUCGGGAUUCUGGGAGACGGAGUGUACCAGCUCCAAGCUGUUCGAGUGCUCCCGCAUCAAGGCCCUGGCAGAUGAACGAGAUGCAGUGCAGAAGAAGACAUUUACCAAGUGGGUUAACUCCCAUCUGGCCAGAGUGUCCUGUCGCAUAUCUGACCUCUACAACGACCUGAGGGAUGGAUACAUGCUCACCAGACUGCUGGAGGUCCUCAGUGGAGAGCUGCUGCCGAGGCCUACACGUGGUCGUAUGCGGAUCCAUUGCCUGGAGAAUGUUGACAAAGCCCUCCAGUUUCUUAAAGAACAGAGGGUUCACCUGGAAAAUGUUGGUUCCCAUGACAUUGUUGAUGGAAACCACCGUCUCACCCUGGGCCUUAUGUGGACCAUCAUCCUACGCUUCCAGAUCCAGGUGAUCAAAAUAGAGACAGAGGACAACAGAGAAACUCGCUCUGCCAAGGAUGCCCUGCUGCUCUGGUGCCAGAUGAAGACCGCAGGGUACCCUGAGGUCAACAUCCAGAACUUCACCACCUGCUGGAGAGACGGCCUCGCCUUCAAUGCCCUCAUACACAGACACAGACCUGACCUGAUAGAGUUCCACAAGCUGACGCGAUCUAAUGCAACCCACAACCUCCAGCAAGCCUUUAAUAUCGCUGAGCAACACCUGGGCCUCACCAAACUCCUGGACCCUGAGGAUGUGAAUACAGAGAACCCAGAUGAAAAGUCUAUCAUCACAUAUGUGGUCUCCUACUACCACUAUUUUUCCAAGAUGAAGGCUCUUAUUGUGGAGGGCAAGAGGGUUGGCAAGGUACUGGACAACUGUAUUGAGGCAGAGAAGAUCAUCACCCGCUAUGAGGCACUGGCAUCAGACCUGCUGGACUGGAUAGAAAAGACCAUCGCGGUCAUCAGCAACCAAAAGUUUGCCAACUCGCUGACGGGAGUUCAGCAGCAGCUACAGGCCUUCACAACCUACUGCACCAUAGAGAAGCCCAUCAAGUUUCAGGAGAAGGGGAAUCUCGAAGUCCUUCUUUUCACCAUCCAAAGCAAGCUCAGAGCCAACAACCAGAAACCCUUUGUGCCUCAUGAUGGGAGGCUCAUCUCAGACAUCAAUAAGGCCUGGGAGAGGCUUGAGAAGGCGGAACAUGAGAGGGGUGUGGCUCUGCGCAAGGAGCUGAUUCGUCAGGAGAAGCUGGAGCUGCUGGCUCAGUGCUUUGACCACAAAACCACAAUGAGACAAGCUUGGCUCAACGAAAACCAGAGGCUUGUAUCACAGGACAAUUUUGGCUAUGACCUACCAGCAGUCGAGGCGGCAAUGAAGAAACAUGAGGCCAUCGAGGCCGACAUAGCCUCUUAUGAAGAGCGAAUUGGGGUGGUGGUGGAACUUGCUGCAGAGAUGGAGUCAGAAGGAUACUACGACAUCCGGCGUAUCUUGGCACGAAAAGAGAACAUACUGGGCCAGUGGAGUCUGUUAAAGGAGCUGGUUGCUGGGAGGAGGACCCGGCUGGAGAAGAACCUGGCCCUGCAGAAGACUUUUCAGGACAUGGUCUACAUGAUUGACUGGAUGGAGGACACUCAGGUUCAGCUCCUGUCGAAGGACUUUGGGAAGCAUCUUCUGGAGGUGGACGACCUGCUGCAGAAACACAGCCUGCAGGAAGCUGACAUUGCAGUGCAGGCUGAGAGGGUCGAGACACUCAAUACCGCUGCACUCAAAUUCACCACUAUAGAGGGUUACCAACCAUGUGACCCACAGGUGAUCUGUAACCGUGUCAACCAUGUCUCUUCCUGUCUGGAGGAGUUGAAACAACGGGCAGUUAAAAGACGUGAAGAGCUUGAGGAGUCGAGACAACUGUGGGCCUUCUUUCAGGAGCUGGAGGAGUCGGAAGCCUGGAUCAGGGAGAAGAGCUCCAUCCUUGGGGCUCAGGGUUAUGGGAAGGACCUGAGCAGUGUGCUGAAGUUACUACAAAAACACAAGACGCUGGCUGGAGAACUGCUGGCUCACCGGUCACUGCUGCAGAACACCAUGAAACGAGGAAAGCAGAUCCUGAGUGAGAAGAGCUUUGGAACAGCGGGGAUCCAGGAACGCAUCAUGGAGGUGAAGAGCGAGUGGAAGAAGCUGGAGGACCAGGCUGCGCAGCGUCUUGGCCACCUGCAGGAGGCACUAAACUUUUUUCAGUUCUCUACGGAGAUGGAUGACCUGGUGGCAUGGCUGCAGGAUGCUUACCGUCUGGUCUCCAGCGAAGACUUUGGACACGAUGAGUAUUCCACCCAGUCCCUUCUGAAGAAACACAAAGGGGUCAGCGAGGCUGUCAACAAACAUCGUAUGCAUGUAGUGACACUGCGCAAACACAUGGUGGCGCUGCCUUUGCAGUACCGUGAACAGGAGGAGGUGCAGGUGCGUAUGGGUGAGGUGGAGCAACUGUAUACCGAGGUGGCCGAGGUGGCGGUGCUUCGACAGCAGUGGCUUCACGACGCCCUCGCCGUCUACCGCAUGUUCAGCGAGGUGAAUGCCUGCGAGCUGUGGAUUGAUGAAAAAGAGCAAUGGUUGGACAAGAUGGAGAUCCCUGAGAGACUGGAGGACGUGGAGGUGGUGGCACACAGGUUUGAGAGCCUGGACCAGGAGAUGAACAGCCUGAUGGGAAGAAUCCUGGACGUUAACCAAAUAGUUCAGCAGCUCCUGGAUGGAGGUCAUCCAUCUUCUACAGAGGUCAGAGGUUGCCAGGACCACCUCAACUCCAGGUGGAACAGCAUUGUGGAGUUGGUUGAGCAGAAAAAAGAUCAGAUGGACUCGAUGUUGCGGCUGCAGAACUACCUGCUGGAGUGCGCUGAGAUUAAGUCCCAGAUUCAGGACAAGAGAAAAGCCAUUGACGCCACUCAGUACGUGGGCAGCGACCUGGGAGGAGUUUUGGCUCUGCAGAGACGCCUCUCAACCAUGGAGGGAGCCCUGUCUGUCCUGGAACCCAAACUACUACAUCUACAGGAAGAGGCAGAGCAUCUGGCCACAGCCCACUCAGGUCGGGCCAUGGAGGUCCUCGUGCCAUUUGAUGGCAUCAGUGUCGAGUGGGAGGAGCUGAAACGCACCCUGCAGGGCUGUGAGGACUCGCUGAUGGUGGCUAGCAGGCUGCAGAGCUUCAUACAGGACCUGGACUCUUUCCUCACGUGGUUAGUCCAGACACAGACAGCCGCCGCCUCAGACCAGUUGCCCAAUGACCUGGAGGAGGCUGAGAGACUCAUCAACAAACACGCUGCUCUAAAGGAGGAGAUCGGACGCUAUGAAGAGGACUAUGAGCGCCUGCAGGCCAUGAAUGAGCUGCUGGAGUCUGAGGAGGCUCCUCUCCCUCAGGCCGCCCUGCAGCAGUGGCUCCAGAAACUUGACGUCGGCUGGAACAAACUGCUGGAGAUGUGGGAGAGCAGGCGAGAAGUUUUGGUCCAGGCUCACAUUUUCCAUCUGUUCUUGCGAGAUGUUAAACAGGCUGAGUCCUUCCUCAACAACCAGGAGUCGGCCCUCGCUCACGUGGAGCUGCCCACCACUGUGGAAACAGUCGAAGCUGCCAUAAAAAAACACAAAGACUUCACUACCACCAUGGAGCUGAACCUGCACAGGAUCAAAGCUGUGAUUGAGGCUGGAGAGAGUCUGAUCAGCCAGAGUAACAUCUACUCUGAACGCAUCAAGGAACGGAUCGACACCCUCGCCAACAGGGGAAACCAGAACAGAGAGCUGGCCCAGCAGUGGCUAGAAAAACUGAACGACCAGUGGGAACUUCAGAGGUUUCUUCAGGACUGUCAUGAGCUGGGGGACUGGGUGUGUGAGAAGAUGCUGAUGGCGAGGGACAGCAGCCGAGACGAGACCCAGAAGCUCCAUAAGAAAUGGCUGAAGCACCAGGCCUUCAUGGCCGAGUUGGCCCAAAAUAAGGAAUGGCUGGAUAAAAUUGAAAAGGAGGGCCAGCAGCUGAUCCAGGAGAAGCCUGAGCUCAGCCCAGUGGUCCGGAAGAAGCUAGAGGAGAUCAGGGAGUGUUGGCAAGAUCUGGAGAGCACCACCCAGGCCAAAGCCCGCCAGCUCUUUGAAGCCAACAAGGCUGACCUGCUGGUGCAGAGCUACGAAAGCCUGGACCAGAGACUGGGCCAGCUGGAGGGUCAACUGGCCUAUGUGGACCAGGGACAGGACCUCACCACUGUCAACAAGCAGCUGAAAAAACUACAAACCAUGGAGAGCCAGAUGGAGGAGUGGUAUAAGGAGGUGGGGCAGCUCCAGGCACAGGUGGCCUCCAUCCCACAGCAGACACAGAUCAAGGAGACAGUUUCUGGACGUCAAGCCGUUGUGGAGGCUAGGAUGGUGCGUCUGAUUGAGCCGCUGAAGGAGAGACGGCGCAUCCUGCUGGCAUCUAAGGAAGUUCACCAAGUCGGACGAGACCUUGAGGAUGAGAUUUUGUGGGUCCAGGAGCGCCUCCCGAUGGCCAUGUCUCAGGAGCACGGCUCCUCUCUGCAGGCAGUCCAGCAGCUCAUGAAGAAGAACCAGACACUUCAGAGAGAGCUGCAGGUACACAGGAACAGGAUUGAGGAUGUCCUGGAGAGGGCAGGGAUCAUUGCUUCCAUACGCAGCCCAGAGGCUGACUGCGUCAGGGCAGGCCAGGACCAGCUGGCCCAGCUGUGGGCUUUGCUUUGGGCCGAGACCGAGAGGAGGCAGCUGGUCCUGGACGCCAUGUACCAGGCCCAGCAGUACUACUUCGACACGGCCGAAGUGGAGGCCUGGCUGAGCGAGCAGGAGCUGCACAUGAUGAACGAGGAGAAGGGGAAGGACGAGCCAAGCACACUGCAGCUGCUUAAAAAACACUUGGUCUUGGAACAGACCAUCGAGGACUAUGCUGAGACUAUCGGCCUGCUGUCACAGCAAUGUCGACAGCUGCUGGAGAUGGGGCAUCCAGACUGUGAGCAGAUCAGCAAGCGUCAGUCGCAGAUCGAUCGUCUGUACGUGUCUCUGAAGGACCUGGUGGAGGAGAGGAAGAGCCGCCUGGAGCAGCAGUACUGGCUCUACCAGCUCAACAGGGAGGUGGACGAGCUGGAGCAGUGGAUCGCUCAGAGGGAGGUGGUCGCCAGCUCACCUGAACUGGGUCAAGACUUUGAGCAUGUCACUGUCUUGCAGGAGAAGUUUACAGAGUUUGCGUCAGAGACGGGCAGUGUGGGGCAGGAGCGUGUGACGGCCGUCAAUCAGAUGGUGGAUGAGCUUAUCGACUAUGGCCACUCAGAGGCCGCCACCAUCGCUGAAUGGAAGGAUGGGGUGAACGAGGCCUGGGCUGACCUGCUGGAGCUCAUGGAGACCCGGGCGCAGAUGCUUGCCGCCUCACACCAGCUGCACAAGUUCUUCUCUGACUGCAGAGAGGUUUUGUCCCAGAUUGACGACAAACACAGAAGGCUGCCGGAAGUUCGGGCUCGGCAGGGCAGCACUGCCAACACCAGCACCCUGCAGAGACUACUGCACAGCUUCGAACAGGACAUACAGCUGCUGGUCACGCAGGUGCGUCAGCUGCAGGAGAGCGCUGCUCAGCUGAGGACGGUGUAUGCUGGCGAGAAGGCUGAAGCCAUCGCAUCCCGCGAGCAUGAAGUGAUGCAGUGCUGGAAAGAACUGCUGACAUACUGCGAGGAGUGUCGAGUACAGAUUACCACUGAAACAGACAAGCUGAGGUUCUUCAGCAUGGUCAGAGAUCAGAUCAUGUGGAUGGAAUCGAUCAUCUGUCAGAUAGGGACAGGAGAGAAGCCCAGGGACGUGUCCUCAGUAGAGGUGCUGAUGAAUUAUCACCAGAGUCUGAAGAGCGAAGUGGAGGCUCGCAGCCGCAGCACCCUGGAGUGCAUCGACAUGGGCAAAACUCUGCUGGCUGCUAGAAACCCAGCAGCUGAAGAGAUCAAGGAGAGGCUCGACAAGGUGGUUGCUAAGCAAUAUGAGAUGUCUGAGAAGUGGGACAAGCACUGGGAAGUCCUACAGCAAUUGUUGGAGGUUCACCAGUUUGCCCAGGAGGCGGUGGUGGCAGAGGCGUGGCUGACUGCUCAGGAACCGUUCAUCAGCAGCAACGAGCUAGGCGGGAGUGUGGACGAGGUGGAGCAGCUGAUUCGACGACACGAGGCCUUCCGCAAAGCCGCUGCCACCUGGGAAGAGCGAUUCAGCUCACUGCGACGACUUACCACGGUAGAAAAGUUGAAAGCAGAGCAAAGUAAACUACCCCCAACCCCUCUGCUGGGUCGAAAAGUCUUCCUUGACCCCCAAGAUGCCUCAGCCUGUGUGGCCACCCUCCCUCGCCUCCCGAUUUCCCCCGUCAUGAGACAGACCAUCUAUGAGCAGAACGAAGCCAGCUCUCCUCCUUCACCCUCACCUGCCACGCCUACACCCUCUCCUUCGUCUGUGGCUCGUCGGCUGGGGUCGACGGUCGCUAACUACACCCCUGUAAUGAAUGGCUCCAGCUACCGUCACACCCUUGAGUCACGGCACAGCAACGUAGUGGGUGUUGCUGCAGGACUAGGCCAGCCCGCUCUUUCCUCGAUCGCCUCUGUUGCCACAGCGGCCAUGCUAGUCUCAGCCAACCAGGUGCGAGAGAGCACUAGCGCAGCAAGAGACCAAGCAACAAAGGCAAUGAGUCACCUACAGCCAGUACAGGCGGCGAAGACACUGGAGGUGAAAUCGUCUCCAUAUCUACGGCAACCCAAAAUCAAACACUUGGAUGAUGCGGUGACGCCACUGCUCGUUGCCAGUCGGCUGGAGAAAGCAAGGGAGAAGGAGAGGGGGAGAGAGAGAGAUAUGAUGAUGGGAGAGAUAGGGACAGAGAGAGCGGAGGUGGCUGUGAUGGCUGAGGUGGUGCUCCAGGAGCCGGGCAGGGAGCGCCUGCACAGUGAGCCGACCAGAGGGCCUCGGGGGUCCAGGACUGACCCACUGGGCCAAGCUGAGCCCCAGGUCCAGACUCACACCCACCACAGGGACCACAGGAUAGAACGGCAGCUGUCCAGCGAGCAGCUGAUCCAGGCACGUAGGGAUGAGUUGCCUCAGGAGGUGUGGAGGGAACAGGCCGAGAGGCGGGAGAGACGGACGCUAGAAAGGCAAACGUCCAGUGAGCAGGAGGGCCAUGGGAGCCACGAGGGCCGGAGAAGAGAGAGGGACCGACAUCGGGUGGAGAGACAGGAGUCCAGUGAGCAUGACACUGGGAAAGAGCACUCAGACAGACGCUCGGGAGGAGGAGAAAAGAGAUCCACCUUGGCAGAAAUUGUAGAGCAGCUGCAAGAAAGAGAAGCAGCACAGGCCCGUGGUGAGGUGCCCCGCCUGCCUAACGGGAUACCAGAGAAGUCUUCCCGUCUCGACCGCCCUCGAGCUCGGGACAGACCCAAACCACGGCGUCGACCACGACCCAAAGAACCUGGAGAGACUACGCGGCGGUCCAGGUCGGCUCCAGCCCAGAGCAGCCCAGCAGUCGCCCAGCCGCCAACACAUACUGCACACCACGAAGGCUUCCUUUUCCGCAAGCUGGACAUUGAGACUCUGAAGAAGAGUACCAAUAGCAGGUCAUGGGUCAACUUGUACUGCGUGCUGAACAAAGGGGAGAUGGGUUUCUACAAGGACGCCAAGAACACCACCACGCCCUACAACAACGAGCCGCUGCUCAACCUCUCCCACUGCCACUGCGACGUCACCAACGGCUACAAGAAGAAGAAGAACGUCUUCACGCUCAAAACGAAGGAUGGCAGUGAGUUUUUGUUUCAUGCAAAAGAUGAGGACGACCUCAAAGCGUGGGUGACCAACAUCACCGCCAGUAUCACGGAGCACGAGGAGAUUGCCAAAUGGGGUCAGCCCCAACCAACUACCUCAUCCACCGACGAGGGCACACGCCGCGAUGGCAGCAAGGCGGACAACAGGUCAGAGCGAGGUAUCGAGCGCUCGGACCGGAUUGAGCGGGCGGAUAAAGAGAAAGAAAAGGAGAAGGAGAGGGAGAGAGGCGAGCGGUCCGAGAGGUCAGAUCGGGGUGGGAAGUCAGACGCGAAGCGCUCAGAAAAGAGUGGUAAGAAAAAGUGAGCCGGGUGACGGAUCGGUCGGGAUUGAAUCGUAUGAACUUCAGAUGGGAGGCGGGGCCGUAGACUGGUAGUAAACGCCCCCCUCCUUCUCUUCGCCUCCAACACUGUCAACAAAGCGGUUGUGUUUGGAUGGAAAGUGACACCGGACAGAAGGACUGACCCAGGCUCACUCAUAGGAUGGACAGGACGGACUUGGAGCAGGAGACAUCUUUCUCUCUCUCUCUCUCUUUCUGUCUCUCUCUCUCUCUCUCUCCUCUGUGUCUCUGUGAGAACACACAGAGUCACUGACGCUCCGCCUAUGCCCCCCCUAGUGGCUGUUUCAAAGAACUGCAGAGAGAGUUUAGUGCUGCUGAACCCCGGGCAGCAGUAACGCGAGAGAGAGAUGACACAAGUUAACAGAAAGGCUGUUAUUGAUUGCUGGUAGUGCGAUAAAACGUAGCUCAUUCUGUUCCAUGUUUGUUUUUUAUUAUGAGCUGUACUUGUAUGUAUUUCUUGUCUGUCUGUCCUAUCUACUGUAUCUAUCUGUCCGUCUGUAAGUCGAGACAUCCUACAUUAUGUCUUAUUACUCCUCGGAAAUCGAAAGAGAAUGAAAUUAUGCCAAGAUGUUUUACAGACAUACAGAUUUAAAGAUUCCUUUUUUUUGUUAACAGUUUUCAACAGUUUUCCGAUCUGUCUCAAGGUCUAGCCAUGUAGAAAAUGUGGACACUGGUUUUACUUUCAAACAGCACUCAAACCACAUUUAUCAAAACUCACCGUGGCUAAGUCAACAAAACAGCUACAGUACUGUGCUGAAUCUAAGAAGGUGGAAAGAUGAUGAUUUAAGACAAAAGAAGAGUAGAUGGCGACCAGGAUGAUGAACUUCAAAACAAUCAGGAACACAAGAAACAAAAAGAAAGCAGAAAGGUUUCACUAUUCCUCAGAAAGUCAUAGAAAUGUAUCAAAAGACUUGAAAUCCUGAAGAAAGUGCACCCCAAAAAAGAACAGUAAACAGAGCAGCCCCCAUUUGUUUAUGUAGGAUUCAUUCAGAAUUAAAGAUAUUCUCGUUAAGAUUUCUGCAAGACCGAUGCGUCACAAGGUGUUUAACCUGCGACGCACAGACUACACAACAGUACGGUCAUUGCAGCCACUUUGGCUAAGUCUUAGUCAUAUGAAAAAGAGAAAAAGAAAACAUGUACAGUUCUUGGAUCAGUGAUCAGAAUGAGAAAAAACUGAUGGUAGACUCUGGCUCCCAGGGGCCUCAUUCAUUAAAAUGUUCUUUCAUUUUACUUUCAAGGAGCAGUGUGUAGGAUUUAGUGACAUCUCGUGAUGAUGCCAUGAAACUUCUCCCAUGUGCCAAGUCCCAGUUUGGAUUCCUUCAGUGUUCACUGUUCAGGAGGGUCUCUUCCUCUCCAAAACAAACGGGCCCAUUAUUUUAAACUGGUAAAAACAUUGAAUAAAUUAGUUUUCACAUUUAAAAAAUAAGUGUUUGUCUGACGCUCUUGUUGCGGAGGGGCUGCUAACUACAGCGGUCAUCACAAAAAUGCAAAUGGCCCUUUCUUGAGGCAGUGUUUGGUUUGUCUGUUCUGGGCUACUGUAGAGACAUGGCAGGGCUCCAUGGACGAGGACCCGCUCCCUAUGUAGAUAUAAAAGGCUCAUUGUAAGAUAACGAAAACAUGACAGUUCUUAUUUUCAGGUGAUUAUACACUAAAGAAAGCAUACUUAUUCUAUUAUAUUGUAUUUCUGUCAGUAUAUCCCCCUAAAUCCUACACACUGGACCUUUAAAUCAUGUCAAAAAACACAAAGAAAUUAUAGCAUUCAUAUUUAUGGAAGCUGUAGAGCUUAACAUUUUGAUAACUCAAAGGAAAUUGGGGAACUUCAUUCUAACUUGCUGAUUUUAGCAUCAGGAUUAGUUUUCCAAAAGUUUCAUGUUUAUUUUUGGUCAUAAGCACAAAAUCUGCACCCGGCCUGUUUUUAAUGAAUGAGGCCUUAUCUACUCUUUUAAUUUCUUACAGCAUCAGACUUACUCACUGGAUAUUCUCUUCUUCAUACUAAUCUCUUGCAAUCUUUUUUCAUACAGAGUUGAAGAUAUCUUGUUUUUCAGUAUGAGUGUGUUUGUGCAUGUGUGCGUGCGCGUGCGUUGCUGCUCUCCGCUCCCAGGGUCUCCAUAGCUCUCAGGUUAUUUAUGUUAGUGUGUGCUUCACGUGUUCAUAUGUUUGUCCCCACAGACGCCACCUCAGUCUUCCAGACAUGUCCGAUCCACACCACAUACAGACAGAAGAAUAUAAUUCAGCCGGUUUAAAAUGUCAAAACUUAUAAACAUGUUUCAGGAUGUAAAAGGUCAUCAAACUGUCCAGGUCAACAUCCUAUCAGUGUAGAAGAGGAAUGAAUGAAUGAGUAAGUGAAUGAACUGACACAUUGUUGAGAGCCAGAAUAUCAAACUGACCAAAUAUUUUGUUGUCAGAUUGCAUGUUUUGCUUGGAGAAAUCACCCACUCGUCUUUUCAGCCUGCUGACUGGGCAUCCAUGCAUCAGUUAAAGUUACAUUUCCUGUAAACUCACCACAAAGCCAUAAACAAUACAGAGAAGCAAGGGCCAAAAAAGAAAAGGGAGAAUCGUUAAAAUCAAAUACCUUGAAAAUGCAGUUGGGAAAUUUUUGGAAGUACCAUCCGCAGAGGUUGAUGGGCAAACUUAAGUUACUCUCCUGCUCCGGUGGAAGCACCAUGGUCAGAUAGCAUUUAAAAUCCAUGCUACUGGAUGAAAACCCCCAUUUAAGUUUUGGUGUUUUUGAUUCUCUCACUUAAGGUCCAACUGAAACUGCUGCUACAGUACAGCAUUCGUAUCUGCUCUGUAAAUCACAUCCUAUGUUUAAAAAAAAAAAAUCAGAAACAAAAAGGGAGAAAUUUAUAUUUUUUGUUUCAUAAUGGUUCCCCCUAUCUUUGCAUUUAUUUUGUUAUUUGUUUUUCUGUCUACAUACAGAUGGAGAACUUGUUUUAAUACAGCCAGUCAAAUUGCUUCAAUCAUAUUUGCUUAAAGCAGUACUGUCACUGUUCUAUCAUAGGCAGGUGGUUACACUAACUAAUGAGAACAACAACAGAUUCCCAUUGGAACUGCUUCAUCCACUGUGUAGGAAACAGUCCCAGAAGGCCCCAGAGAAAAGCUCAAAGAAGCAGCUGUGUGCUGCUCUUAAACAGAGGUCAGGUGAUUAACCAGAUGCACAUUUGCCAAACCAACCAGUUAGUCUCCAUCCUUGAAGCCUUUUCUCUUGUACAACCAAACAACAGUUUGAAAACACUUCAGAUGAAGCAUAAAUCUAACUUUUGUGUCACUUGUUAAAGUAUUUUUUUCGCACAGCAGCAUCAUCAUGUCAUUAUGUUAAGAGGCUCAUCACUGCCCCCUGGGGCCGGAGAGCUGUAAACACUACUUUCAGUAGGUACUGCAGCUGUCCUUAAAAAGAACAUACUGCUACAUGCGGUAUGCACACAAUUGGGACGUACCACUUCUUUAUAACACUGCAACCUGAACUUUGACCCUCUUGCUCAUAUAUGCGUCUCCUUGGAGUCAGAACAAAACAACAUUUGCCAAGUUCACCAGAGACGGAGGUCAACCUGGAGAACUCUGCUGUUGUUACUUUGCAGUGUUUGUAGGUGUAGCUUUUAAGUGAUAACUGCAAACACUGUAGAUUCUAACAUGUCAGAAAUCUCUAAUGAUUUCGUUCCCUUAAAUAAUAAAUACUCCUAUUGUAACUAUUAUCUUGACGGAUCAUCAGUCACUUAAUUGCGCUGUCAUCUGUCAUUGCUGCUUCUGACAGCUGUCAGCGAACUGUCAAGCUGUCAUCUGUUUGCAGUUCAGUCGAUGUGACGCAUCUUCUGCUGUGCAGAGGAUUGUGGGUCAGAACAGCCAGAAAAGCAUCCUGGGUUGCAUAUUGCAAAAUGCGACCAGAUGCAGUAGGACAUGUUUGCAUUUGACAUACUAUGUCCUGGGACAUACUAAAUGGUAGUGGGUAGUAUGGGUCUUUGGUUGGUGUUUGGGGGUAUACUCCCCCAACAGCCACAAGAGGCAACAAUGAGCUCAUUCCACACUGAAAAAGAAACUUUAACAAGCUACACAGGGUGAGACUUAAUCUGAAGUGUUUUCAGGCAGUGUUUUUUGGUUUCCCGAGAGAAGAGACUUCAAGGAUGAAGACUAACUGGUUGUUUUAGCAAAUAGGCCUUUACGCCUGCUUAAUCACCUACCCUCCAUUAAAGAGCAACACACAGCUGCUUCUCUGAGCUUUUUCCCUCACUCUGGGACUGUCUCCCAUGCAGUGGAUGAGACAGUCCUGGUGAGGGCUGGUGUGGUCCUUAAACUUCAAAAGCACUGCUAACAAAACCCUGUCUGCCAAUGGCUCAUAGGCUACACUGGAUGUUUGUUUACUUUAUCUCUGGUUCUCCUGGUGACAGUACCACAGCUAAGCCCACCUUUUCUCCUUUCUUUAAAAAAUAAAAAAACUGUUGACAAUGAGAUAAAAAUAUCAUUGACAUAAUUUUUGACAGUAAAAAUGUGAUUUCAUUUGGACUUAAAACACAAGAGCUCACAUCUUCCUCUAUGAGCAGGCUGUUGAGCCCAAGAAUCCCACUCAGAACUGGUUUCACAUUUUCAGAGGUCGAUAUUUGACAGGUUAAUUAUUUUCUCUGUUUCUAACAAGUGUCAUAAUAAGGUUAUAAGAGUAGUAUUAUAUCUGGCUGCUCAUCAUAUUUUUUUUUUUUUUUGUUCCUUAUUCAGCUCAGGAUUUUAAAUUCUGACCUGUUGGUUUGUGUUUGUCAUAAAACAUGUCUUGAAAACUGUAACUUUCUUUAAUCUUUUUUUUAUUUCAACACACAUUAUGCAUCUAAAUCUGGUGUGAAUGCCAGAUCAAUCAUUUACAUGCAUGUUGGACACAACAAAGUAAAGAGUUAAAAAGGUGAAUUUUGAAUGAGCAAAUCUUCCACAUGUACAGUGACACGGUACAGUCCUCUGCUGUUGGAUUAUGAAUCUGACAGCAUAAUAAACUGACACACUUUGUUGCUGUAGACACACACAGGACAAAACAUGCAGGGUACAGUGAACAGAUAACACUCUGAAGUAAUUUGUACCAUUUUACACAGCAGAAACAUCCAGAUAUUUGAAAGUCAGUGUGGUUUAACAUCAUGACAGACUGAAUGAAGAACAGAUUUGCUUAAAAAGUCAAAACAAAAACAGAUUGCAUCGUACCCUGCCUGUCUGUGUGUGUCUGUGCUGUUCUGUUCACAUCAACCUCAGUCUGUCGGCUGAGAUGAAAUGACAAAUAAAAUACCUUUUGGUUUUUCAUUC